AUGAAUCAGGAAUUUCUAACUCAGUUUGCAAGCAUCGAGACUCACUUCAAGCUCAUAAACAACCAGAUUGCUCAGCUAGUAUCACCCUCUCAAAGACCAUCUGGAUCUCUUCCAGGUAAAUUUGAGACCAACCCCCACGAAUAUGUCAAUGCUAUUACCUUGAGAAGUGGUAAGCAGGUAGAUACCGGAAACCCACCGAUGGUUGAGCAAGGUGAAAGCUCUAAGACCACAAUUUCAGCAACUCCUGAUGAUACGCCUGAGCCACUGUACGUGCCUCCUCCUCUUAGGCCACCACCAAUUCCCUCGUACACAAAAUUUCUGAAGGACAUUCUGACCAAGAAGAUGGUUGUUGAGAAAGAAACCGUUGCACUUACUGCCGAAUGCAGCGCGUUGAUCCAACAUGAGCUUCCGCUUAACCGGUUCGAUCCACUAAAACCUACUAGAAUGACUCACCAACUUGCCGAUCGUUCUGUUAAAUACCCCACUGGGAUACUUGAGGAUGUGCCGCUGAAAGUCUGGAACUUUUAUAUCCCGAUUGACUUCGUGGUUCUCGACAUAGACGAAGACUCUAAGGUACCUAUCAUCCUUCGUCGUCCAUUCCUUAACACUGCAGAUGCAGUUAUCCAUGUUAGAGCAGGUAGGCUGACAAUGAAGAUUGGAGAUGAAAUGGUGGAAUUCACUUUGGAUAAAAAUCUCAAGCAACCGUCGUCGACCGAAUCUACAUGCUUCAUCGAUAUCUUUGAACAAAUUCUAGAGUAA